AUGUCUUCUUCUCCAAUUGAUAAUAAUGAUAAUAAAGAAAAAAGUAUUAAAACAACAAAACCAAUUGAAUUAAGAAGAAAAACAAGAUAUGAAGGAAUUGUUGAUUCAGUAGAAUUUGGAGGAAAAGGAGUUGUAAAUUUUGAAGGAAGAAGAAUUAUGUUAGAUCAUGUUAUUCCAGGACAAAAAGUAUCAUUUUGUAUUUGUAAAAUUAGAAAAGGAAAAUGUCCAGGAGGAAGUGUUGAAGUAAUUGAAAAAUCACCAUUUGAAGAUGUAGAAGAUAUUUGUAAACAUAAUAAAGAAUGUGGAGGAUGUUUAUAUCAAAGUAUGGGAUAUCAACAUCAAUUAGAAAUGAAGAAAACACAAGUAUUACAAAUGAUAAAUAAAGAAAUAAAAGACUAUCAAUUUGAUGGAAUUAAAGCAAGUCCAAUCAAUAUUGGAUAUAGAAAUCGAAUGGAUUAUACAUUUGGAGAUGGAUAUAUUGGAGGACCAUUAGAAUGUGGAUUACAUAAAAUGUAUCAUUUUAAUGAUGUAGUAACAACAAUUGAUUGUAGAAUAGUUGAUAAAGAUUUUAAUGAACUUCUUUUAUUUACAAGAGAUUAUUUUAGAAUAAAGAAUAUACCACAUUAUAAUAAAAUUAAACAUACUGGAUAUUUAAGAAAUUUAUUAAUUAGAAAAGCAAAGAAAACUAAUGAAAUUAUGUAUUGUUUAAUUACUUCAUCUCAACUUAAUGUUGAUUUAAAUGAAUUAAAAAAUAAAUUAUUAGAACUUCCUUUAAUGGGAAAACUUGUUAGUAUUAUUCAUUGUAUUUUUGAUGAUAUAACAGAUAUUGUUGGAUAUGAUAAAAUGAACGUAUUAUAUGGAAAUGAUUAUAUUACUGAAGAAUUACUUGGAUUACAUUUUAAAAUUACACCAAUGUCUUUCUUCCAAACAAAUUCACUUGGUGCUGAAGUAUUAUAUCAAACAGUAAGAGACUAUAUAACUACAAUACGUUGUGAUAUUAUUUUUGAUUUAUAUUGUGGUACAGGAACUAUUACUCAACUUCUUUCUCCAAUUUGUAAAAAAAUUAUUGGUGUUGAAUUAAAUCAAGACGCAAUACGUGCAGCAAAAUUAAAUGCUGAAUUAAAUAAAUUAACUAAUUGUGAAUUUAGAGCUGCUGAUGUUAAUAUUGAAUUAGAUCAACUUCAAGAAAAUAGACCAGAAUUAAUUGUUCUUGAUCCUCCAAGAACAGGUAUUCAUCCUAAUGCAUUAUCAAAAAUUAUUAAAUAUGGUGCUCAAACAAUUGUUUAUGUUUCAUGUAUGCCAACAACAUUAAUUAGAGAUUUAAUUGUAUUAGAACAAAAUGGAUAUAAAGUUAAAAAUAUUACUUUAGUUGAUAUGUUUCCAAAUACACCACAUGUAGAAACAGUUUGUUUAUUAAAGAAAAUAAACUCACCUAAUUGA